AUGCUAGCCAACAGCACACGUGAUCUUCUCAAGCUUGCCACGGGCUGCACCCGGGUGACUGAUGCCGUCUGCCAGCAGGAGCUCAACUUCAACAGACGGACGUGGGAGGGGACGCCAUGGUUGACACCCAGCGUUGAUCGGAUGGCCUCAGCUGUGGGAUCGGUGGCAGCAGUCAUCCCCUCAGGGGACGGUGGCGGAUCACGCCUGCACAGCCUCUUCAAGCCCGGAAAGAGUGUGAAGAUGCACACAUGGUGCUUUCUUGCUAGCCCAUAUGGAGCCUACAUCUUUGGCCAUGCCACUGGAAUCGGUUCUCCUCAGCUUGAGGACGCCGUGUCCGCUGGAAAGUUGACCCAUCAGCAGAAGGUGUAUUGGACGGUCACUAAUUCCAUCGGCCCCAGCAUUGACACUACCUCCGGAAACACUGCAAUAGGAUUUAAGCAGGCAUGGUGCGAGACCCUUCCGGAAGGCUUCCUCCUGGAGAUGCAUGAGACUUACCUGCACCACAGCACCGACUACUCUGAUUUAUUUGGUGUUUUCACUGCCUGGCUGUGGGAGCAGUGGACUGAUGACACGACCCCGGGGACAUUCCUGUCCGACUAUCUUUCACACCUGAGGCUAAGGACCCACUCAAGAAGGAUGCUGUUGCACCGGGACAGCCAUGGCUCUGUGUCCAUGCGGAACAAGGUGCUGGCCAAGUGCUGCCUCAGUGAGCUGUGGUGCCAAGAUGUGUGGGUGCAGCCGGGUUUGCUGUUGGGGUCAAAGCCGGUCAGUGGUAUACAUCUCACAGGCAGGUUCUUGGAGAAGCUCAUGGCCAUCAAGCUCAACAACAACGUGGAACUCACUGCAUUCGAUAGCAACAAGCCUAAGACAUCACAGGCCUGCUGGUUCAUCACCCAGAGAUGCAACUCCAGCGACAAAAUGUGGGUGGGGAAGGUGCUGGGCUUGUACCACUACAGGUCGCCAUUGAACAGGGAUAAGUUCGAUGUGAUGCUGGAGGUCGAAUGGCAUGCUCCCCUGCUGGGGAACAACAGUGAUGCCGAAGUUGCGGUCGACCAGUUCAUGAAUGUCCCCUUGGUGGACGCCAGGGCUGCCAGUGUGUCCAACACAGGCCCUCGCUACUACCUGGCUGAGGAUGUUGCGCCUUGA